CGUUUAUUUUUCUCAUACUCGUAGAUGUCGGGAGACCAGGAGCAACCAAUGGAGGAGGGUGAGGUUGAGACUUUUGCCUUUCAGGCCGAGAUCGCUCAGCUUAUGAGUCUCAUCAUCAACACCUUUUACUCCAACAAGGAAAUCUUCCUCAGAGAGUUGAUAUCCAACGCCUCAGAUGCCCUUGAUAAGAUCCGUUACGAGAGCCUCACAGACCCUGAUAGGGUGGAGACGGGCGGCAAGGACUUCAUGAUCAAGAUCAUCCCCAACAAGGAGGAGAAGACACUGACCAUCGUCGACACGGGCAUUGGCAUGACCAAGGCUGACCUGGUCAACAAUCUGGGGACUAUCGCUAAGAGUGGCACCAAGGCAUUCAUGGAGGCACUCGAGGCUGGCGCAGAUAUUUCCAUGAUUGGCCAGUUUGGUGUGGGCUUCUAUUCAGCCUAUCUGGUUGCAGAUAGGGUGACGGUGUACUCCAAACAUACUGAUGACGAGAGUUACGUCUGGGAAUCCUCUGCUGGUGGCUCAUUCACCGUCAGAUCAGUUCCAACAUUGGACCUCGUAAAGCGUGGCACCAUUAUCAAGCUGUACUUGAAGGAGGACCAAGUGGAAUACACAGAUGAGAAAAGGAUCCGGGAUACCAUCAAGAAACACAGUCAAUUCAUUGGCUACCCAAUCUCACUUCAGGUGGAAAAGGAGCGGGAAAAGGAAGUGAGUGAUGAUGAAGAGGAGGAGAAAAAGGAAGAAGAGGCCGCGGAGGAAGACGAGGACAAGGACAAGCCCAAAAUUGAAGAUCUGGAAGAGGACGAGGAAGGGGACAAAGAGAAAGACAAGAAAAAGAAGAAAAAGAUCAAGGAGAAGUACACUGAGGACGAGGUGUUGAACAAGACCAAGCCGCUGUGGACUAGGAAUCCAGAUGACAUUACCCAGGAAGAGUACGGGGAAUUUUACAAGUCCCUCACCAAUGACUGGGAAGACCAUCUGGCUGUCAAGCAUUUCUCUGUAGAGGGUCAGCUCGAGUUCCGUGCCCUUCUCUUUGUUCCCAAGAGGGCGCCCUUUGACCUGUUUGAGAAUAAGAAGAAGAAGAACAACAUCAAGUUGUAUGUGCGCAGGGUGUUCAUCAUGGACAACUGUGAAGACAUCAUCCCUGAAUACCUCAAUUUCGUCAAGGGUGUGGUGGACUCGGAGGAUCUGCCCCUCAACAUCUCCCGUGAGAUGCUGCAACAGAGCAAGAUCCUGAAGGUCAUCCGCAAGAACAUCGUCAAGAAGUGUAUGGAGCUCUUUGGGGAGCUGGCCGAAGAGAAGGAUGACUACAAGAAGUUCUAUGAGCAGUUCAGCAAGAACCUGAAGCUCGGUAUCCACGAGGAUUCCCAGAACCGGUCAAAGUUGGCCAACUUCCUUCGCUACCACACUUCGCACUCUGGUGACGAGAUGAGCUCGCUGAAGGACUACGUGUCUCGUAUGAAAGAAAACCAGACACAGAUGUAUUACAUCACAGGUGAAUCCAGAGAACAGGUUGCCAACUCCUCCUUUGUGGAAGGUGUCAAGAAGCGUGGCUUUGAGGUGUUGUACAUGACAGAGCCCAUCGAUGAGUACUGCGUGCAACAGCUGAAAGAGUACGAAGGCAAGACGCUGGUCUCCAUCACCAAGGAGGGCCUGGAGCUCCCCGAGGAUGAGGACGAGAAGAAGAGGCGAGAGGAGCUCAAGGCCAAGUUUGAGAACCUCUGCAAGGUCAUGAAGGACAUCUUGGACAAGAAGGUGGAAAAGGUGGUUGUGUCCAACAGGUUAGUGGCGUCUCCCUGCUGCAUCGUCACCAGCCAGUAUGGCUGGACGGCCAACAUGGAACGCAUCAUGAAGGCCCAGGCCCUGCGGGACACCAGCACCAUGGGCUACAUGGCAGCCAAGAAGCACCUGGAGAUCAACCCCGAGCACUCCAUCAUGGGGGCCCUGCAGCAGAAGGCGGAUGCCGACAAGAACGACAAGUCGGUCAAGGACCUGGUCAUGCUGCUCUUUGAGACCUCCUUGCUGUCCUCUGGCUUCACCUUGGAGGACCCCCAGACGCAUGCUGGCCGCAUCCACAGAAUGAUCAAACUUGGUCUAGGAAUCGAUGAAGAUGAAGCCGCAGCUGUUGAAGAAAUGCCAGACGAGAUGCCACCCCUUGAAGGCGCUGAUGAAGAUGCAUCUCGCAUGGAGGAGGUCGACUAAAAGACUAUAAGGACAAUGUCAGUGGCAAAGGAUAUUCAGAACUCGCUAAAGGACUUCACCUGUGAUGAGAUAAUAGCCACAGGAAUGUAUGUAAAUGCACAGGUCUUCUCGCUAACUUGUUGCCAAGUUGGAAAAGCUCCAAGCUUUUUGAUUCGUCCAUGUGUUGGAUCUUCAGUAUCUUAACCCAUUAGUAAUCCGUAAGGAAUAGUUGUUAGAAUAGUUGCCCAAAGUUUGUUCUGUGACGGUUGUAAGCAGACAUUGUCAUUCCCUGUUGCAGUCAGAUCACAUUUGUUUCAGCUGAAUGUGGUAGGGGUUAACCGGCAGACUCGAAAUAUUCAGAAAAAUAAAGGGGAAAGGAUGCUAAUUAGGUACUUGGAAAUGUACAGUUGGCACUCUCGUAGGCAACAGUCGCCAUGGUCACAUGACAGGUUUUAAAUCCGUGGUAAAAAGAAUUUUAGCCAUGUCAUUGCAUCGGGAGAUGUCUUUGAUGUACAGUACAUGUAUUGUAGCUCAAACAACUGUUGUUACAGUAAAUGGUGUUUUUUAAAAGCUCAUAAUUGGUGGCAUAUAAAAUCUGAUGUAAGCAUUUAUGUGUAAGUACAUAUUCUUACAUAGUUUGAAACCCAAGUGUUAACUGGCCACACAUUUUGUCGCAAGACUAACAUUUGAAAUGUACAUUUAUCUGCUAUCGGCUGCUUUCCAACAACCUGGAUGUAGGUGCUUCGUGCCAGACGCGUUUGUUCAUACUUAAGUUGUAGUUAAUGGCAGAAUGCACUUUGGGUAUUGUACAAGAGUGGAAAACUUGGUCAGAAUGACUCUCGUCAAAGAACUGUGCUCUAGUGAAUGUUAAAAUUCAACUCUUCUGUACAGUGCGUUUUACAAUACUUUAGUUUAAACCAGAACUUGGAGUAUAAACAUACUAAUGUAAAAAUUAAUUCUGGUAUUUCAUUUUCAAAAUCAAACCUUAACAAAUUUGAAGAAUUUACAAAAGGUCCUGGAUUUUCUUUUAAAACCCCCCAAAAAUCCACACUGCUUAUUCUCACAAGUUCAUCAUUUAUAAUGGCUUUUUGGUAGUGCUUAUUCUUCAUUGAUUAUUUUGUGAUAUACAUCGAUCCCAUCGCAAACAUUUUUGCUUUCAACCCAAGUCUGAUGAUUAUACUCGUUUGUGCGUUUUGUAUUUAACUGUGAUCUGCAUCCAUUUUUGUAUUGGCUAUGUUGAAGUUUCCCGUCUUCUGCUGUGCAUUUACUGAAACUUAAGUGUUGAAGUACAAACACUAUAAGUCAUAAUAAAGUUCAAGAAAACCAAA